ACUACUUCCCUAUUUUACCUACAAAUAGAAAUGCAAUCUCUCAAAUCGCCCCCCACACACCCUCAUAUGUUAGAUAACAACCCAUUUGCAAGUAUUUGUUCUUGUUAACAAAAGUAUGGCAGCAGGAAAACACAUUUCGUCUGGGUUUCUGAACUUGGAACCAUCAACACCGACACUAAAGACUUCAUUUUCUGUAUACUCAAUAAAACUUCAUCAACAUCAACAACAAAAACGAAGUUACCAACUAUGUUCAUCAAUGUCCAUGAAUGGUUGUCAAAGUAAUCCCACAAUCCCACUUGGGAUAGUCGAAACUAUAAGUUUAUAUCCGGUAUCAUCACCAGCAUUGGCUGUCGACUCUCUUUACUCCACCAUUUCAAACUUAAAAUCCAACCUACACUAUUCUAAUCACAGUUCCGGUAUCAUCCGUAUCCAGGUACCAAUUGAGGGACAAAUAGAAGCCAGGGAUUGGCUUCACGCACAGCCCCACAACCACCAAUUCCCUCGCAUUUUCUUCUCCGCUAGACGUCAAUUUGAUGGCUCCGGUUACUUCGUUGACUGUAUCAAUGGCGAUGGCAAUGUCAAUGGCAAUGACAACUCCAACAGUCAUGAUCUUAUCAGCAUCGCUGGUGUGGGCGCUGCCGUCUAUUUUCGCCAUUUUCGCUCCUUCUCUUUCGACGACUGGAGAUCAAUAAGAAGGUUCCUAUCGAAAGAUUGUCCAUUAAUUCGUGCAUAUGGGGCCAUCCGUUUUGAUGGAGAAGUUGAAAUAUCAGAAGAAUGGGAGCCUUUUGGAUCUUUCUAUUUCAUGGUUCCUCAGGUUGAGUUCAACGAGUUUGAAGGAAGAUCCUUGCUUUCAGUUAAUGUGGCAUGGGAUAGUAGCCUUUUGUGUCCGUGGGAAGAAGCUAUGGAAUCCCUUCAAGAAAAUUUGGACAAGGUCAAUUUUGUUGCAUCAAAGUCAGAGAAAGAACUUCCUAAAGCAUUAAUAAGGGGUGAAAUUGCGCACAUCCCUGAUGAGAAGAAUUGGGAGAUUGCUGUUAAAACAGCAUUGCACAUGAUCAGAAGCAGUUCAGCUCUCACAAAGGCUGUACUUGCACGUAGUAGCAGGAUAUUUACUGCUUCUGAUGUUGACCCACUAGAAUGGUUAGCUUGUUUACAGAUGGAGGGUAAUGAUGCUUACCAGUUUUUGCUUCAGCCACCUAAUGCACCGGCUUUCAUUGGGAACACUCCAGAGCAACUUUUCCACCGAAAGAAGCUUACUAUUUGGAGUGAAGCUUUGGCUGGAACUCGAGCGAGAUGUGGCUCAGUGGCCUUAGAUCACAAAACAGGAUUAGAUCUUCUCUCCAGCCCCAAAGAUCACUUGGAGUUUACAAUUGUAAGGGAGAGUAUAAGGUCUAAACUUGAGGCUGUGUGUGACUCAGUUCUGGUAGAUCCGCAGAAAGCAAUUCGAAAGCUUCCAAGAGUACAACAUCUAUAUGCUAAAUUGAAAGGGAGAUUAAGAAAUGAAGAUGAUGAGUUUGAGAUUUUAUCUUCCCUUCACCCAACUCCAGCUGUAUGUGGAUUUCCCUCUGAAGAUGCACGUUGUCUGAUUGCUGAAACCGAAAAGUUUGAUCGAGGAAUGUAUGCUGGUCCUAUUGGUUGGUUUGGCGGUGAAGAAGCUGAAUUUGCAGUUGGGAUCAGGUCUGCUUUAGUAAAGAAGGGUUUUGGUGCUUUCGUCUAUGCUGGAACUGGAAUAGUCGAGGCAAGCGAUCCUUCCUUAGAAUGGGAUGAAUUGGAUCUAAAGAUUGCGCAGUUCACGAAGUUGUUGAGACUUGAGAUCCCUAUCUUGCAUACUGUGGCAUAACUUCCAGGUUUUAAUGACUCAUACUUGCUUAACUCCGUGACGAGCAAAGUUGUCGACUAUCAAAGCUCACAAAUUUUAGAGUUGAAGAGUUCUAAAGUGUCCAGACACGAGGACAUGUUAAAUGUAAGUAAAACCCUGUUAUACCCCUAUUGAGCUUUAAAAAGAGUGGAGAGACUACCAAUAUCAAUACGGCACAUUUUCUAUGCAAGGGGCUCAUUUGCUAAGAACUUUAAAGUAGAUAUUUUGGAUGAUGGGUGACCUCUUAGGAGGAAAAUAUCUUAAAAGAUUGUAAAUAAAGAAUGAUUGUUCAAACAUUUAAAAUAUGUUAGGAAUAUCCCUAAAUUCUACAUAAUAGUAGGACACUCGUUCAAGAGUCUAAAUGGUCAAUCAGUAAAGAAUAUGAAAUAAAGGCAGUUAAUCUAAAAAGUAGAGUUCUCGUUCAAGCGCACCUUAAUGCUCAUUCGAGCACUACUAUAUUGUACGAGACAAAAACUUAUGGAACUGAUUUAGGUCUUAUGCUCAUUCCUACAAAAGUGCACUUGUUCAAUCGCAACUAUUCAUGUGCGUUCGUUGAUGAUGUAACUUUUUGUUUUGGAGAGACAUUUGCUUUCAUUUUUAAUUAGUUAGGAAUUUGUGUAGUUGAUGGGCAUGCACGAAUGGACUGAUUAAUGUAAAUAUGUAAUGGACAUUAAACUAUUCAGAAAUCUCUUUCAUUCUCUCA